CUUUCUCUUCUGCCUCUCUACAAUCCCUCCCCCUAGUAGCAUAGCAUCUGCACCCCCAUACUCCACCUUCAACAUGCGCCUCCUCGACUCAAAAUCCACCUUCAUCAUCCUCGGACCCAAUCCCAACCAGUGUCUCGAGAUCACCAGCGAAAGCUCGGACGAUUCCUCAGCCUACAGCCCCUCCCGUUCUCUGCCCUCUACGCCUUCUAGGAACUUCAUGUCGGCUUCAUCUAUUAUCAGUCCACUUCACAGAUGGAGAUCCUGUCUUUCGCCUCAUGGACCACCACCAGUCACACCUCUUCCGACAAGUCGUACCAGCAAGACGCCUUCACCGGCCCGCACAGGAGAUUGCGACACUCGGGCUGACUGGAUCAAGCUUGGUGUACCUGACCUGCUUCUGGAUGACGAGGUGACAUCUCAGGGAAGAAAGCCAUCUACUUUUGAGGAGGCGCCUCAAGACGCGGAAGCUGAAGACAGACUGGUUAACUCAGAAGGGGGUUCCCCUGUCAUUUUGACACCUGUCAGUCAUGGAGUCAGACAACAGAUGCGAACAAUCGACAUGACACAGAUUACGAUGUUCUUCAGUCAACCUUCCGUCAUCAACGAGGAGUGUGCACCCAUGAUCGAACCCAUCACUGGUAGUCCCUGCGACGAUAAGCACCGACAACCAUGCCUUGAAGACAAUUCACUUUCUCACAUGCAGGCUGACACUGAGGAAGGUUGCGAAUGUGAGUCAUGUGGAAGGCAAGUUGAUGCUAGUAGAGCCACACUAAUCAUUCCUUGUCGGGAUGUCAUAUGCGCCAGCUGCUUCUCAUCCACUGUCGCCGCCGUUUCUGUGACCAAAGGCCAAUCCAAAUGCCCAGCUUGCCUUGAUGUCAUCACUACAUUCGAGUCUAUGUUUGGAAAACAUCAAGCGCGUGGGCAGCUCUGUUCCAAGGUCAUUGCGGCACCUCAAGGCAUAGUAACACUUACAACCUCCACAUUUGUCACUCAAAAUGGCUCUAUCGUGAUGCGCAUCGACAAUGUUGGAUGGGACGUGACUCCUUCGGUGGUUGAAGAAUUUCUGCCUAAGGACUCUCUCUCGCGCAAGGUCCCCCAAUCAGUUCAUAUACUUCUCGAUAAGUUUGACGGCCGCACCAAAGACUAUCUCUACAUCGAAGUCGCUUCCCUCGAAGCAGCCCGCCAUAUCCUAGCAACUCGCCAAAACACCUUCAUGCCUGGUGGAAAGCUUACUGGUCACCGACUUCGUGCUGUGACUAUCAGUGCUGUUCCGCAGAAAGAGCUUAUCGACGAACUUCGCCCCAAAUCGAAUACUGAGCUCCACGCUCUUCUCACCCUCUGUCGAAGCGCUGUUGCUUCUUCAGAGGCUGGUUGUAAGCCCAGUGGGGCUGGCAAGUACAUCAAGGCCAGGCAUGGACCUUUCUACUUGUUGAUGUCUAUGUUGAGCAAGUUGAGUGGGAAGGAGAGUCCAUCUUACUCGGAUCUUUUCCAUGUCACGGCUGGUAUGCUGCGAACAUUCGAGAACCGACUAUGAUCUGACAACUCUGCAGGAGCCAUCGCCGCUCUAACUGACGCUAUUUCUCGGAGGUGCCAUUAUGGACCCACUCAAGACAUCUCUUCCUUUGAUCACAGCACCCAGAUACAUGAGAACGACGAAGACGUCCGUCAAAGGCUGCUUGUACUGUCUGAUCGGUGCUUCCACGGGAAACAGCCCACCAUCUUCUGAUACACCCUCGUCAUAAUCUUUUCGUCGUGAUUUCCUCAAUGACCCCGUAUUGACAGCUCUGCUUACUUUUCGCAAAUGUACUGUACUGUUAUCAUGUAGAAAUACUUUAUAAACGUAGAUCCUGUCGCAGCUCCCGAUAUUUGUCUGUCGCCAAAACCAUUCAUGUAUCAUUAUAUG